AUGAAGAUGAAGAAACAAAGAAAAGGAGGUGAAGGUCGUAGGAAGAUAAAGAUUGAAAAAAUAACAAACAAGUCAAGAUUACAAGUUACAUUCUCCAAGAGACGAAAGGGUUUGUUCAAGAAGGAAACUGAAUUAUCUGUUUUAACUGGUGCAGAAACUGCACUGAUUGCUUUUUCUCCUGCCGGAAAACCCUUUGUUUGUGGAAAUCCUGAUCUCAUACUCGAGAGGUUUCUUAAUAACAUUAAUGGUGAAGCCUCUGAAAUUCAGAUGAUGAUGAUGAACAACAGAGGAGCGUCUGAAAUUCAGAAAAACGAUGAUGAAGCUGAAAAGAAAAGAGGGGUUUUCUUGGAGUCAUUGAUAAAUUCUGGAUUGGGGCCUAGUAGUGAUAAAUCUAGGUUGGAUAUAUAUAUGAAUGGAUUGAAUUUGGAUGAGUUGAUACCGAUGAGAAGCGAUAUGGAACAACUCCAGAAGUGCGUCGCAAAGAGAUCUCACGACUUAAAGAUGAUGACCAGUAAUACAGCUUCUUCUUCUUCUUGUUCGUCUUCUUCGUACGAAGACAAGUCCCUUAUUGCGUUGAUGGAUAAACCGGCUGGUAAUGAAAUUGUUGAUGAUGAUUAUCUGAAUAAAGAGAUGAUAAAUGAGUUGCUCUUUGAUUCUCAAGAAUACGAAUUUGGGUUUGGGAAUACUACUUCAACUGAUGAAGAAAUCACCGCCGACAUGUUUUCUGAUGACUACUGA